AUGUCUUCUACUAUCACCUUGCCGCCAGGCUUCGCCUUCACCCAGACAGUUCACAAUGCUCCCUAUCAUGCCAUCGCGCCGUCGCGGCCCGAGCUCUCGCAGGCAGGGAAGACCGUGCUCAUCACAGGCGGCCACACGGGCAUAGGGUAUGCCAUCGCGCGGGCUUUCGCCCAGGCCAGCGCAAAAAGGCUUAUCAUCAUCGGCCGGCGGGGCAACUUGGUAGCCUCCGCCGCAACACGCCUCGCAUCCGAGUUCCCCUCCACUCAGACCGUAGGGCUCAGAUGCGAUAUUGCCGACGUUGAGUCCGUUGAUAGGCUGUGGAAUUGCCUAGCAAGCGACAAUACUUUUGUCGACGUCGUGGUGCUUAACGCAGCCAAGCUCUCAGCGCAGCCUAUUCUCGACCUAGGCAGGGACAAGGUGUGGGAAGAGUACCUUAUCAACGUACGGACACACCUUGACUUUACCGAACGGUUGUACAAGCAGCCAGAUGCGAAAGUCCGCCAAAAAGCACUUAUCAAUUUGGCUUCUCUUGCGAUCCACGAGAGUAAACUCACCGGCCAGUACCCGAGCUACGCAGCCACUAAGAGUGCGGGGACAAUGCUAGUGCAGCAGAUCGCUAAGGACGUCCCUCCGGAAGAGCUCCAGAUAGUUAGUUACCAUCCUGGCGGUGUCUUCACAGAACUGGCAGAACUCGCGGGUUUCGAGAAGGAUGACCCUCGAUGGGACGAUGAGAAUUUACCAGGGCAGUUUGCUGUGUGGGCUGCGUCUCCAGAGGCAAGGUUCUUGCAUGGGAGGUUUGUAUGGGCAAAGUGGGAUGUGACAGAACUGCUCAACGGGCCACUAAGAAAGCGGAUUGAUGAGGAUGACUCCUUUCUCAAGGUGGGUGUUGUGGGGAUUGAAGAAUGGGAGCAGUCACAGAGGCCUCCUAGAGUUGAAGGCAUAUAUGCACAUGAUGGAUGA